UGAUGUAGUCGAUAAAAUUAUUCCAAACGUAAAGUCUAUCGUUCUAACUUGUCAUGAGAAAGGAAUUCCAGUUAUAUGGACGCAGCAUGGUCACAUGAAUGUUGAACUCGAUGGAGGCACCUUGGCGCGAUGGUAUAAAUUUUUGAAAGAAUUGGAUUCAAUUAUCAUGCGAUCAUCAACUUCAAUUGGUACUCUUGACUUUGUCAUCCAAAGUAAAACUCGCUAUGAUGCUUUCUACAAGACCGAACUUAAUUCCUUUCUCACCUCCUUUGGUAUAAAAACACUCAUCAUUUCUGGUGUUAAAACAAACUUAUGCUGUGAGACAACUGCUAGAAGAGUGUUUGAUAAGAAUUAUGAUAUUGUUUUUCUUGAGGAUACGACUGCUGCGGAUAAUAAAGAGAUGCAUCAGGCAACUUUAUUGAACUUAAGAUAUGGUUGGGGCAUAGUUACCACUAUUAAUAAUACUGUUGAGUGGCUUUCAACCUAUGAAAAAUAA